AUGGCUUGGCUACAUGAUGAGGGUUGCAGGGGGGUUGUGGAGAAAGCCUGGUUAGAAGGGAGGAAUAAGGGGCUACAAGGUUGUAUUCAACUCUGUGGAGACAGACUAUCACGAUGGGGAGGGGAUAGAUUUCAUAAGUUCGGUGAGCAGGCAAUGAAUCUUCGUAAACAGCAACUACGUUUACGGGGGUGUAUGGAUCAGGCAUCAUUAGCAGAAUACCAGUGGUUGGAGGGGUGUCUGGAUCAAAUUGAAAUACAGGAGGAUGCGUAUUGGAAACAAAGGGCAAAGCAGCACUGGCUAAAGGGAGCGGAUGCGAAUACAAAAUUUUAUCACAGGUAG